AUGAUCGUCCCUAUGGCAGCGUACGCACAAUUCGGCUAUUCAUAUCCGCCCGCCUCUCAGUUACUGGUGGGCAGUAGCGGAGCGGGCAACGUUGGCGCGGCAACUUCGCCAGACGGUGGGUCGAGCUCGGCACCCCCUCUAUCACCUGGGGGAUCGGGCGUCGCCAGUGGAGCCCUAUCCCCGGGUGCCGGCAGCCACGCAAGCACGCCAGCCGCAUCUUGCUGUGACACCCCUAGACCUAUCAUCACUGAUCCAGUUUCUGGACAAACAGUCUGUUCCUGUCAAUACGACGGCGCAAGACUGGCGCUAACGUCGUAUCCAAGACUGUCGAGUGCAGCUGUAGGCGUCUACGGGGCUCCUUACCCAUCCACGGACCAAAACCCAUAUCCUAGUAUCGGAGUGGACAGUUCAGCCUUCUACUCACCUUUGAGCAACCCCUACGCUUUGAAGGAAGGUGGUGGAGAGAUGUCUGCUUGGACAUCAGCUGGCUUGCAGCCCUCUGGGGGUUACUACCCCUACGAUCCAACUCUCGCUGCCUAUGGAUAUGGUGCUGGGUACGAUUUAGCCGCGAGGCGGAAAAACGCGACGCGGGAGUCUACCGCGACGCUAAAGGCUUGGUUGAACGAGCACAAGAAAAAUCCUUAUCCCACUAAGGGUGAAAAAAUAAUGCUGGCAAUCAUAACAAAGAUGACGCUAACUCAAGUAUCCACGUGGUUUGCCAACGCGCGCCGACGCUUGAAAAAAGAAAAUAAGAUGACAUGGGAGCCCAAAAACAAGACGGACGACGACGACGACACGAUGCUCUCCGACGAGGAAAAGGAGCAGGACGAUAAAAUAAAACCUAACAAAGAUGAUGAAAGGAAGGGCGACGAGUUACUACAAGGGAUGCAUAGCCAGCUUCUCGGCUACGGGAUAAAGGAGGAAUCAAAACGCGGGACUUCAGACUGUGGAGUGCCGAUACCGGCAUCUAAGCCGAAGAUUUGGUCGUUAGCAGACACGGCUGCCUGCAAGACCCCGCCUCCUGCAGCUCAACCCUGGCCUCAACAUGGCUAUGGACACGGUCCAGAGAGAGCGUCAGCUGCAGAUGGUAGUUCUAACGGAUUUGCAUUACCGGCUACUGCAGCAGCGAGUCCAGCCAGUGGUUCUUACGGGAGAUAUGGAGGUUUCCCUGGAGGACAAUACGGUGGGCAGCAUCCCUGUGUACAUCCGGCGGCAUUCCCCGAUGUGCAGACAGACACACCACCGCAAACGCCACCUAACAUGAAAGUCCCGAGUGUGGCGAACCCGCUCGGUAGCGGUGGGGGCUCCGGCUACUGUUUCCCCCGACACCAACAGUCUCCGCAACGCGAUCCUUACCACAACCCACACCACGCUAACAAUCACCAGCCUAACCAACACCACGAAGGCUCUGCGGCCUUCAAACCAUUUUAUAAAAGG